AUGCUUGAUCAAAGGAAGGAGGAGCAGAAGAAGGAGGAAAAAACCGAUCGCAGAAAUGGUUCUGUCGCUUCUAUCUCUUUCAAUACUAUCGUCCUCUUACUGCUUUCUUUAAACACAUAUGCCAUAUUCGAUGCUAAGCAAAUCUACCAAAAUCCGCUCUCACACGGUUUUGGUGAAGACAUAGACUGGGUGAAAUGGGAGGAUGCUGUGGAGACGGCAAUGGAAGUAAACAAACCGAUAUUCCUAUUGGUACACAAAUCGUGGUGUCAUGCAUGCAAAGCAUUGAAAAAGACAUUCCAACAGUCAAAUGCCCGGAAGGCUUUUAAAACACUCUCCAAAUAUUUUAUUAUGGUAAACACGGAAGAUGACGAAGAACCGUAUGAAGAAGAAUAUAGACCAGAUGGAAAAUAUAUCCCACGUGUUCUUUUCCUCGAUAAAAAUGGUGAUUUGUUAUCACAGUUUAAGAAUAAGAAAGCAGAAUAUAAGAACUAUGCAUAUUACUAUUCCUCACCGGCAGAUGUACUCAAUUCAAUGAAGGAUGUGAUGCGGUACUACAAUAUUGAUGUCCCAGAAAUGAAGAAAGGUCCAAAACUGAAGCCAAACAAGUCAGUUGAUGAUGAAAACGAAAAGCCGGAAAAAGACGAAAUUGCAAACGAAAGUGCAAAAAGCAAGGGAAGUAUCAAAUCCGAUUUAUAGUUGUUCGGCAAUCACACAGUAACAAGUAAAACAUAAUUUUAAGAAUAUGUGGAAUCAACUGGCACUUUCGUUAUGCUAAGCUAACAUGCAGAAUGCAGGCGCUCUAUUAUUCAGAGUCUUUUGACGCAUGCAUUUGUACAUACUUCAGUUGCCUUGUUUAACUCAUCCUGUAGGUUUACUUAACAACUAUGACAAUACACGUAUGUUUGCGCGUGAUGAACG